AUGGCAAGUAACAAUACAAUAAAUGAUGAUUUCGUUCGCAAUUUAAUUGGAGAUUGGUAUUUUAAUGAAUUUUGGCAUACUACAACACGACCAAAUGAAGCAAUGCAUUUAGAAUAUACCAAAGCCUUAAUGAAUUUAGCAGCAGCGGAUGGUGUCUUAGCUGAAGAAGAACGACAAUGGAUCUUAGGUAAUACAGCAGCAAAAGGUGCUACGAAUAAAAUAAUCGAGUAUGUGAAAACAUAUACACCAACCAAAGCUGAUCUUGAGGCGUUAAUGAAAGAGAAACCAACCUUUAGUCAAUUUACGGCUCGAGCACUUAUCUUCGAAGCAUUUUUAGCAGCGAGUGCCGAUAACGAGUUACAUCAGGAUGAACGAAAUGCCAUCUGUCAACUUGGUAAAGUGAUGGGUAUAGAUGAUGCAAUCAUGAAGCAGAUUGAACAAGCGUUCGUCAACGAAAAGAAACACCGAGAUCAAGUGGUUACACUUAUGUUUCCUCAAGGUCUGAAAAAGACGAUUCAAAUAGUGGAAGUUGAUUUUAAGGAAAUUUAA